GAUGCUUUGACUGGAUGCUGCUGCCUCGGGAAUCUCCAGCUGCUCUUGUUCUGCUCCCAAUAAGUGAAUAUAGAUAAUUUAAAACAUCGAUCACACACGCGCGCACACACAUCACCGGCAGCACCAACAACGCACCUGGGGCGACUUGGGUUCCCGGCACCGACUUUUUGCUGGUUUCUGCUGCCAGUUGCAUACAGAUUGCGGACUUAACCUCGUUUUGUGGAACAAGCCCAGAACUUUCGGCCGAUCCCAUCCCCUGCUGCCAGUGAGCUGGGGGAUUUUGUAAUUGGCUCUUCAUUUCGCCGGUCACUGCCUCACAUUUUGUGUUCAAAUGUAUCAAUAAUUCUUUCAAGUCCUUGCGGUGUUUUGGAGGGUUUUUACACGUUUGCCGGUAUUGCAUCCUCAUUUCUUGUUCCAAUCUUGGACUUUCGCGUUCUCCGAUUCCAGACUUUGAUCUUGUCUGAAGACAGUGAAUGAGAGGGGUCUUCUGAAGCUGUAAGUUUGGAGCGAGAGAGAGAGAGAACGAGGUCCUCUCAUCCCCUCCGCAGCAAUGAUCAUUGUGGAGAUGGUUGUCGUCUUCGUGGUGCUGUGGAUGUGUGUUUACUCGCAGGAGCCCAGCAAAGUGGUAGCCGACCGGUACGCCGUCUACUGGAACAACAGCAACCCGAGGUUCCUGAAAGGUGAUUUCCACAUUGAAGUGUGCAUCAAUGAUUACCUAGAUGUUUUCUGCCCUCAUUAUGAUGACUCUGUACCCGAAGACAAGACUGAGCGCUAUGUUCUCUACAUGGUGAAUUAUGAUGGCUACAGCUCAUGUGAUCACACCUCUAAAGGGUUCAAGCGAUGGGAGUGUAACAGGCCUUACGCGUCCAAUGGUCCUUUAAAAUUCUCAGAAAAGUUCCAACUGUUUACUCCAUUUUCAUUAGGAUUUGAAUUCAGGCCUGGCCGAGAAUAUUACUACAUCUCUUCAGCUAUCCCAGAUAAUGGAAAGAAGGCUUGUUUAAAACUGAAAGUUCUCGUGCGGCAAUCAAACAGCUGUUCGAAAACUGUAGGUGUACAUGAAAGUGUUUUCGGUGCUAACGACAGAGUAGACAGUUCAUUAGAACCAGCAGAUGAUACCAUACAUGAAGCUGAGCCAUCGCGCGGUGAGAACAAUGCUCAAACACCCAGGAUAUCCCCGCUACUUUUGGCGACUGUACUGUUCCUUUUCAUAACACUUUCAACAUUGUAGUGUUCAAAAAUCCAAGGAACCUCUGACACAGCAUGGCUGGAUCAGAAAACAUCACAGAUUCUAUAACUGCACUGUUGAGGAGGGGGAACAUUCAGUUUAUUCCAGACACAAGAUUUAUUUUCUGUCAGGAGAGUAGAGAGUGAUUCAAGUGGGAAGAUGUAUCCAAACUGAUAAACCCCCCAAAAAUGCCAAAUUAUAUUUUGAGACUAAUGAUUCUUAUUUUCCCUGUACAUUUCUUCUUUCAAAAUACCCCUAGGUGGUUUAGCACUUGUCAUCCAAGUGCAGAUGAGAAACAGUAGUGGCAGAUGCAGUCACUGAAGAAUAAGAAUAUUGAGCAGAAGCCCAAGAGGGUUUUACUUCUCCAUGCAAUAUUUAUACCUUCUCACUCAAUACCGUAAGAUGAUCACGCAAAGCAUUGAGUCGCCGUGUCAGGACUUGAGGGGUGAUAUUACGAAUAGAUAUAACCCCAUCCCUCUCGGGAGUUAUAAUUGAACAUGUGUCUGAAGGGAGAGUUUCUGUGCUCAUGCAGUCGCUAACAUUGUCUGUAAUAUUUUGUAUUUUCCACACAUUUCCUGUUUCACAAGCCCUCAGCAAGGCUUUGUGUUUUUGUAGAUGUGUGUACACUGAAUAACCUUUGAAGAAAUUGGGAAGCAUUACAGAACCGACGAAUGGUGCAGUUAGCAAUAGGCUACUAGCAUUCUGCAGCACUAUUUGCGAAACACAAAUAUAAAGGUUAAAAUUGUAGAUUAGAAAUGCUGAUGUCAUUUGUAAUAUGGAUAAUUUUCAUGUGAAUAAGGAUAGAUAUUGGGCAUAUCUGAUAAUUUUGCAGUUUAUUUUAACACUGUUCUACAAUUGAAAAACUAAUGAACUGAGAAUGUAAAAAUACUGCAUUUUUUCCUGAUAAACUGGAUUGCAAUCCAACUCUACUAGUGAUGUAACCAUUGCAUUAUUUUGUUCUGAGCAGCUGUAGGCUACAGUUCAUUAUUGGACAUUAUUAAUUUCCGACAGUUUAAUCUGUUGCACAGUGGUUAUUGCCAACAUAUUUUAGUCAAGAAUGGAUUCAAUAUUAAACAAUUAUUUAAUGCCUCUGAUAUCAUGGAAGACAUUUAAGACCAACUAUUUUCUUGCUUGUUCGUUUUUGGUUGCCUUUUUAAGCAGGGAAAUAAGGAUCAGUCUGUUCAGUGGAUACUGUGUAUCCUGUAAUAGUCUAUAACAUUAGUGUUAGCUUAGUAUAUUGAUUUGUACCUUCUUCGAGGGCAAAAGGAAAAAAAAACUUGUUUAAAUUCUGUAUUAUUAGCAACCUAUGAUGUAAAUAGUGUUUGAUAAAGUAUUAAUUCCAAUUCUUACUUCUUUUAUAAUUGAAUACAAUAGAAUUUCUGGAUUUGAUUGAGCAGGUUAACCAAACAGAUCUAUGUUGGGAUGGAAGAUGUAUUACUACAGUACUGCUAGCUGCGUCAGCGUAUAGUGCAAACGCUGCAGAGAGCUGGUUGCAGCCUGCAAAUUGCUUGUUAUGUAUGAGAGGGGAGCAAAAACUGUGACUUAACAUUCAACGUAGUGGUCCUACAUGUUUGAGGCGAUGUGGAAUUCUGAUCAUAAAGCCCUCUGUGAAGAGGCAUGUUGAUCCUGCAAGUCGAUCGAUUUGUGUUCCUGGUUUUCUUUCUCUCCCAGAGAGGAAGUGAAUGUUUAAUGGAAAGAUCUUGCCAGUAUCGUGGCAUACGCGUGGACUCGAGUAAGGAAAAAAAAGUUUGUCGGUAUAGUUUUGUAAAUUUCGUCUACUGUUUUGCCCCUUUGUGUGGAAGCAGCUCAUGACAAGGCCAGAAAUAGGGGUAUACUAUACCUGUCAACAAGCAAUCGCACUCACUGACCUACCUUGCUAUGUGGAAUGGAAAUGGUUCUAUAAAUUUUAGAAGCAUAGAAAUUAAUCCACUCCCCCUUUAUUCACUCCACGUAGAUCAGCUGUUCCGUGCUUUCAUCUAAGCCUUCAUUGAGCGGUGAAUGGACAAAUCUGUUCUAUUUGGCAACUCCAAGUUUUUCCCAUGCAUUCGCCCCCAAACUGCUCUGAUGCGAGACGAAUCUUCUUACAAUAGCGUUGCUGCCAUUGUCUGUACAGUUUAAUAAAUGCUGGCAUGCUGAAGGUUACUCAUGGAGUCUGCUAAAUCUGUUUUAGAUGCUUACUCUUGACACUCCGUUAGAGCCACUCAUUGUGUGUGCGUCUGGAUAUUAGAGUCCAGUUCAUUGUUGUCCUGUGCCUGUACUACCCUGCUCAAGAACCGCUUGAAAAGCAGAUUCCUUGCACUUAUUGGAGAGUGCUUUUUUGACUUGCUUAUAAGAGGGGGAAAAACCCUGUGGUCUGCUGCCAUGUGGAUACUCUAUACAUCUGUUUUGUAUAUACACGUGUCUGAACAACUAUACAUAAAUAAAACUAAAGAUGUUCAUCUUUAUAAAUAGUAUGAAUGUUCUGUGUCUUUGACCAUUAAAAGUUUGAAAAUAUGUUUUAAA